AUGUGGAGCACGGAGAGUGUGAUACCGACCACGUUCAAGCAAAAAGGGGCGUACUUUACAUCCUUCGGGGGGAGCCUCAUGUGUCCAGAAACGAGGGCGUCCGGAAUGAUCACCCUUUUCCAAUUGAUCAAGAGAGACCUUGCGUGCGGAAUGGUAGUGACCGCCAAUUUGUACCCGACUACCGACAUAUUGCUCAUCUCGGUGCUAGCGUCAAGGCUCAGCCUGGCCACCCAAUCGCAGGUCGACGUUGCGUGUUGGCACAACUCCAACUACGACAGGUGUCGACGGUGGUACGUGACACAGUCCACUCGCCUCGUUCGGGAGCUCGUGCACCCCACGGAUAUUGCCCUGAUGGAAGCAUUGGCCAGUGCAGCGUCGAGGAAAGUCAUCCCCCUCCGCAUCGCAUUGAUGCAGUACGUUCGCGACUUUGAAGCCAGUCAGCUGCAAAUUGGGCGCUCUCUUGAUGGAUAA